GUGUUCAUCUAGCAAUCAGAAAAAAAGUAAAAUCGUUUGGAAAGGUAGUACCUUGAAAAGCAAAAUGCAGUCACGCAUUUAAAGACAAAUCUUCAUUUGGUACAGAAUCUGAGUUAGUCCAUUCACUGCCCGUUUGCAGCAGUGAGGAGCUAGCCCAGAAAGACACCUUCUGAGGGCUCACAGAAUAUAUAAGGAGCUUUUUUAAACAAUUUUUGAUAACUUUCUUCUCUGUUUCAACUGCCGUGAAGCUGAUGUUUCUUUUUAUUUCUCUGGAGAAGGAAAGACAAAAAAUUACCAUCUCUGGUAAAUUGUAUCAUUACAUUUCUAGUCUCCAUGGAAACCUGUGUGGUGCUCCACAGUUGGGUAAUAUUUCAAUCUGUUGCAGCAGAAAUCAGAUGGAGGGAAGGCUGGGUUCUGCACCUUGCAUGUUAAUCAAUUAAAAAUGGUCUUGAAAUUAUUUUCACAUUGUGUUGCAAUCUUUGUUUAGAGUAACUACAGUAAACUGAAGUAAUCAAAUUAUGCUAAGUAUGGCUUGCUCCUAUGUACACCUAUACAUAACUCUGCCUGUGGGUUUGAUUCUGAUAGGCACUGACAUUCAUUUGGAAGAAUUCUUUGGUUUUGGUAGGAUUAUAAGGAUUAAUACUAUGGAAACUGAAAGCAUAAUAGCAAACUGUUUGUCACAUUGACUCCAGUAAAAAGCUUCCCAGAGAGGUAGUAACAAUCCCCUUGUUGUGAUUUAUGUAAGGAAAGCAUUUUGAAAAUCAAGAACCGUAAUUCUUUGUCUUUUGCUGUCUUCAUUCUUGUUCUGCCAUUGCUAAGGAAGAAAUACAUCUGAAAACUGGUUUCCUCUGAAAAGAUGGGGUAACUUCACCUACUUGCCUCUUGAGGAUUUCAUUUCUUUACUCAAAGCUUUAUGAACUUGAACACAAAGGCACUAAAUCUUACUGGGACAGCAAAAGGUGUGAAGAAAUACACAGAGAGACCAGUCUUUUUUGUGACCACAGUCAACCCAUGAAGAGUGAGUGCUCUCAGCCACCUGAAAGUGUUUACUGCAUUUGUUUCAGAAUCCUGUGGAGAAAAUGUAUGCUAGUCGAGAGGAUAUUGGGUAUGAUUUUGGAGACGACUCAAAAGUUGGAAGUAAGCCAAUUAAGCCUAAUCCAAACAUCGAUGGAGGAUGGGCUUGGAUGAUUGUAUUUUCCUCUUUCCUUGUGCACAUACUUAUCAUGGGUUCCCAAAUGGCCCUUGGAGUACUCAACAUGGAGUGGCUUGAAGAGUUUAAUCAGAGCCGUGGCUUAACAGCGUGGGUCAGCUCCCUCAGCAUGGGCAUUACACUUAUUGUAGGUCCUUUUAUUGGUUUAUUCAUCAGCAUGUGUGGGUGCCGCCUGACAGCUAUAAUUGGAGGCAUAUUGAAUGCCCUGGGUUGGAUCCUGAGUGCCUAUGCCUCCAGUGUGCACUACCUCUUCCUUACGUUUGGAGUGACAGCCGGCAUUGGAAGUGGCAUGGUUUAUCUGCCUGCAGUGGUCAUGGUGGGGCAGUAUUUUCAGAAGAGAAGAGCACUUGCACAAGGGCUCAGUACCACAGGAACAGGAUUUGGAGCUUUCUUAAUGACUGCCUUACUGAAGUACCUCUGCACUGAAUUUGGGUGGAGAAAUGCCAUGUUCAUCCAGGGUGCCAUCUCUCUGAACCUUUGUGUCUGCGGGGCACUUAUGAGACCUCUCUCCCCCAAAGACCUGAGUGAAAAAUCUGUUGUGAGAAGUAAUAGUGAAGAUAAUCAAGCAAAAGCUCUGUCCCAUUCUACAGAGACUAUAAAAUCUAAUGGAGUCCUCGGUGAAGAACCAGAGAAAAAAGAAGAGGCAACAAAUGAAGAAGUGCUUGAGAGUGCUCAGCACAUAGAAAUCGGAGGUAGCUCUGGGAGCGGAAGGAAUAUGUAUGGACUGCGCUUGCUUAAGACAGUGAGCCAGCUGACACUUACAGUCAGGAAGGGCUUUGCACUAUGGUACUCCAGCUACUUUGGAGCUGCAUCACUGUUUACCAAUAGAGUAUUUGUGGCCUUUAUAAUUUGGGCUUUGUUUGCCUAUAGCAGCUUUGUCAUUCCCUUUAUUCAUCUUCCAGAAAUAGUCAAGCAGUACAACUUAUCUAGGCAGGACAAUGUAUUUCCUUUGACAUCCAUUAUAGCAAUUGUUCAUAUUUUUGGUAAAGUGAUCCUUGGAAUAAUCUCUGAUCUCCCAUGCAUCAGCACAUGGAAUGUCUUCCUUAUGGCUAACUUUACCCUGGUCACCUGCAUUCUUACUUUGCCACUAAUACAAACAUAUGUCGGCCUGGCUGUGGUUUGUGCUCUAAUAGGAUUUUCCAGUGGCUAUUUUUCUCUAAUGCCUGUUGUGACUGAAGAUUUAGUUGGAACUAAACACCUUGCAAAUGCCUAUGGCAUCAUCAUUUGUGCCAAUGGAAUAUCUGCAUUGUUUGGACCACCCUUUGCAGGUUGGAUCUAUGACAUCACACAAAAAUAUGAUUUUUCUUUUUACAUAGCUGGCUUGCUAUACAUGGUGGGAAUAAUAUUUUUACUUAUACAACCUUGUAUUCAAAAGAAACAACCAAGACAAAAAUCUACAGAAGAAGCACAAGUAUAGAACAAAUUCCAGAAGUUUUUUUACAGAACUUUUUUGAUUUCAUGUUUCUAUUGUGUGACAGUAUGAAGAUGUUUUUCUUAUGAAACCAACCACAUUAAGCUGUACUUAAGUGAAAAGCAAAUGUGCUCCAUAAUGCUAAUAAAUUAUGAGAAACAUGCUUUUAAAAUAAUUAAGAUCUCUUACUUUAGAAGUACCAAAUACAGUGAUUAAAAGCACACUGCUAGUCUUUUAAUAUCAGCACAAUGCUAGUAGCCUUUACCCUUGCUUCUCUUUCAACUUUUCACCACUAACCACUGGUGAGAAUCCAUUGACUGCAGUGCAGUUACUCCUGAUUUACACAAGAGAAUUUGGUCAGGACACGAAUGAUUUAUAAAGGUCCCUCCUACUAUGUGUUCAGUCUGAUAGUUACAGAGUAUAAGAAAAUGAUUGUAUUUCUUGCCUGGCUAGUCAAGUACUGUUGAAAUGCUAGUAUAAGAACUCCAUUAAUUGAAUGUUUUAAAAUUACUAUUUCUGUGAUACAAAACUGAAGAAAAGUUCUUAUAUUUUUCUGAAGUGACUGAUUUUGACUUGAUGAUCCUUGUGUGUCCCUUCCAGCUCAGAAUAUUCUGUGAUUCUGUGAUUCUACUUCAAGGAUUUUUAAUUUUAUUUUUUUAAAGUAUCAACUGCGUAAUAAAGUGGCCAUCCUCAACACACAGGCUGCAUUAUAAAUGCUGUGACACUUAAUGCACCUGAAGUAAAAAAAUCAUAAAUGCAGAAAUGGGAAACAUAUGGAAAAUAUUCUCGUGACUGGAAAAUGAUUCCAGGAACAGUCUGGGGUCUGUGGCCCCUUUAUCUAAUUAGAGGUACUGUAGAACUUCUUAACAUUGCCACUGAGUCCUUCCAUGGGAAAGAGCUCUAGUACAGCACACUAAAUUCUGUUACAAUUACUUUAAUAACAAAAACUGUUACAUUAUGAGCAGUUGUGUUCCUGCUCAUAGUGUACACCAUGAACUGAAUAAGAUUGGUCAUGUUUGAGAAGUUUAUUCACUAGAAAAUAAGAUGCUGCAGAGCAUAGAAGAGCUAAAGAACGUUUGAAUUAUUCAAAUAAAUUUUCUUAACAUGAAGCACCUGGUAACCAAUGCAGAAGGUGUUGUAUGGUGGGACAGGACAUAAUUUUCAGCUUUGAGAGGUGAAUCUCACAUUAAUUUUUCUGUCAAAGAAAAGCCACUGUAUGUUUUUAUCCUCCUAGCUUUAUGAAAGUUUUUUGCAUGACAAAUCAGGUUCUUAGUAUAACACUGAUAUGUGCUGCUGGAAUUCCUUAAAAAAACCAAUUGAUACUAUUCAAUUAUAUUGAAGAACUAUUAGACACAGUUGAGUUUGCAACACUACUUGUCCUCUUUAUAGCUGCAAAGUUGGCUGAGAAAAAGUUCUGAACCACUCUGUGUAUUGUUCUAUAUUGCAAUUCACCAGCUUCUUAGUGUUGCACUUCUACAACUGUUGGCAAGGACAUAUUUUAAAAUAGAUCACUGAAAUGAGCCAAAAAAAAAAACCCUUAAGAAAACCCUGAACUACUUUAAGAUUUAGAUCAGUUCAAUCGUAUAGUAGUUAUGUAUGGCCUUUAAAAGUCACAUAAAACAACUGAGGUGGCACUGAACUGCAACACAUGGUGUGAACACACUGUAACUUCUUAAAAAUAGCUUUUUUUGUUGGAGAAGAUGUUCACAUAAACUUUCACAUCAGUUCUUUGUUACAGGUUUAAUGUCUUCUUGUUGUGAAUGCUGCUGAUAGCUUAUUUUAACUGAGCUGUCUUUUAUCUGUGAAAUAUAUAUAUUGAAGUGAUGAUUUCCCUUAUUUUACUUUUUUUUUCUUUUUGAAAGAUAUGUACCCUUCAUACAUAGAUAUUCACUUUGUCUUUUGUCAAAAGUAACUUUAUUUGCAUAUUACAGUAAUAAAUAAUAUGCUGUUCACUUGUAAUAUCUGCAUUAUAUCUUUCUAUGGGCCGUAUGUUGGGAAUAAAGUUACAUUACCC